AUGGAGAGCGACGGGGGAGAAGAGAAGCUUGGGGAGUGGGGUGUGGGCGGUGCGUCUUGGUUGCCGAGCGGGGACGAUGCUGCGGAAGGUCUGUCCAUCCCCGAGCGUCGGCGCUGCCCUGCGGCGGCAGCGGCGGCGGGCCAGCUCGUGCGCCGAAGCGCGCGGGCCCGCGCGCCGCGCCGCGCACGACGCGGGCGACCAUCUCAAAACCAUCUCUGGUGGAUCUUGGCUUUGCUCGGAUCCCGUGCUUCUACCAUAGGGGGUGCGCAGGAGGUUGUCUCUCGCCGCGGCCGCUAUCCGUGA